GGCAGUCGGGGCCUCGCAUGCUCCCCCAGAGACUGCUGCCCGCACCCUCUCCUGUCUUCCCCUGCCCGCCUGGCCAGGGCCCGGCCGCCCGCCCGUGGAUGAGCCACAGGACCUCCUCCACCUUCAGAGCGGAGAGAAGCUUCCAUUCUUCCUCGUCCGCCUCAUCUUCGUCGGCCUCCCGUGCCCUCCCAGCCCAGGACCCACCCAUGGAGAAGGCCUUGAGCAUGUUUUCCGAGGAUUUUGGCAGCUUCAUGCGGCCCCACUCAGAGCCCCUGACCUUCCCAGCCCGUUCUGGGGCACCGGGCAACAUCAAGACUCUUGGAGACGCCUAUGAGUUUGCAGUGGACGUGAGUGACUUCUCCCCUGAAGACAUCAUCGUCACCACAUCCAACAACCACAUCGAGGUUCGAGCUGAGAAGCUGGCAGCUGAUGGCACGGUCAUGAACACCUUCGCUCACAAGUGCCAGCUGCCGGAGGAUGUGGACCCCACGUCGGUGACCUCAGCCCUGAGGGAGGACGGCAGCCUCACCAUCCGGGCACGACGCCACCCACAUACAGAGCACGUCCAGCAGACCUUCCGGACAGAGAUAAAAAUCUGAGGGGUUCCGCUUACCCCUGCCCUCCUGACUUCCCCAUCCUUCUCCCCACACUGGCCUGCCCGAGUUUUCCUAAGCCCCUUAUGACAGCUUCCAGGACAUCUCAGCCCAUGGUCUAGCUCUGACACCCCCAGGCCCCAGGUGGGUCACCCC